GUCGGCUUACCCGGCGGCGCCGCGCUCUCCCCCGCCUCGCCGCACUGGUCGCGCCCUGGCAGCCGUUCCGGGAGCGCGGGGCAGCCAUCACGCUGCGGUGCAAAAAUGAUCAUCCCAGUCCGAUGUUUCACGUGCGGCAAAAUAGUUGGAAACAAGUGGGAAGCCUAUCUGGGCCUUCUGCAAGCAGAAUACACAGAAGGAGAUGCCCUGGAUGCCCUUGGUUUGAAGAGAUACUGCUGCCGCAGAAUGCUCCUAGCCCACGUGGAUCUGAUUGAGAAGCUUUUGAAUUAUGCACCCCUGGAGAAAUGAGAUGAAGAAAGUGCUGUGCUGCAAGCCAUGUGGAACGUAUCUCUCAUUCUAAAUGUGAAACUGGACUUCAGGCAGUGAAGGACGAAAGCCACCUGUAGUGCAAGUGCUGAGAGAUGUUUACCUUCUGGAGAAAAUACCACUGUGAACCACUCACCUCUUUCCAGGAAAGAUGAAAUCCACUUCCCCAAGAUCUGGAGAUUACAUUAAAAGUUUGGAUGCUUCUUUUGAAAUCUGUGUUUGGAGUUGUGUUGGGAACUUCUAGAUCAUUCUGCCAGCAAAAACAACUGUCUGUUCACAUUGAAAGAUUCUAUUUCAUACAAAUGUUAAAAUAAAGGAGGUUUUUCCCUGCA